GGACCUUUAAAAACAAAUGGUGACGUGUAGGAAUAAGAAAUCGGGUGAAACAUAUGGAUGACAGGGCACAGCGGACACGAUUUUAUAGCAAAGUCCUUGGUGACGGUAUGAACCUUGGCAAAGGUGAGGGACAAGUGCCUAAUGAUGUCACGCCUUACAUCAUCUCCCUCGACAUCGGCACCACAACCAUGAGGAGCCAUGUCUAUGUAAAAGAUGGCAGCAUCAAAGGCUCAAGCAGCAAAAGGAUACAGCUUAUGUACCCAGAACCACGAUGGGUAGAAAUUGACCCUGACCUAUUAGUACAACAGGCUGUCGAGUGUAUAAAAGAAUCCAUAAGAGCUGCUAAUAUCACUCCUGGGCAGGUGACAUGCCUGGGGAUAACUAAUCAGAGAUCUACCUUCCUUACCUGGGACAGGGAGACAGGCAAACCAUUCCAUAACUUCAUCACGUGGCAGGAUUUACGGGCAAGUGACAACGUCAAGUCAUGGAACAGUUCCUACAAACUCAGGGCUUUGAACAAAGGGUCAUCUCUUCUACACCUGUUUACACGACAACCCAGAUUCCUGGCAGCCAGUGUGUUAAAGUUCAUGUCAAAUCAGGUUUGUCUACGUCUGAUCUGGGCCCUGGAGAACAUAGAGGAAUUGAGGAAUAGAGCCUCCGAAGACCAGGUGAUGUUUGGAUGUAUAGAUACCUGGUUGCUAUGGAAACUGACAGGUGAGAAGGUUCAUGCAACAGACUAUUCCAAUGCCAGUGGGACAGGCUUGUUUGAUCCUUUCCAGGUAGAAUGGAGUUCUAUAAUAUGCAACCUUCUCAACAUUCCGAUGAACAUGCUACCUGAGAUCAGAGAUACAAGUGGCUUGUUUGGUAAAACUGAUUCUUCUCUGUUUGGUGCUGCUAUUCCUAUUACAGCUAUGAUAUCUGACCAGAUGUCGGCCAUGUUUGGAGAGUGUUGCUAUGGCGUUGGAGAUAUGAAAUGCACCAUGGGAACAGGGACGUUUGUAGAUGUGAACACUGGCAGCUCACCUCAUGCUUCAGUAGCAGGUUUAUACCCUCAGAUUGGCUGGAAGAUAAAGGAUGAAUUGGUGUAUGUAGCAGAAGGGGCCAUAACUGAUACCGGUAUUGUUAUAGACUGGGCCAAGUCUAUUGGUUUUUUUGAUGAUGUUUCUGACUCUUCACGGAUCGCUGAAUCAGUACCAGGUAAGUAUCCUUUUUUGAUUGUCGGACUUUGUGUUUUUUUUUUACAGGCCCCUAUAAAUGAUGACAAGGCAGCCUCCUCCAUCAUUGGAAUAAAACCCACUACCACAAAGGCCCACCUUGUACGGGCACUGCUGGAAUCUGUUGCCUUCAGAUUCAAAAUCCUGUACGAAGCCAUUCUGAAAGAGUCUAAAGUGGAACUCUCCUGUGUGAUCAGAGCUGAUGGUGGAGUUUGCAAUAAUGAUUUCUUGAUGCAGCUUAUUUCCGACCUCACUGGCCAAGUUAUUGAUCGUGCCAAACAAAGAGCUGAUAUAACCAGUCUCGGUGCUGCCUUCUUAGCUGGUCUACAUGCAGGAGUUUGGAAGAAUAAAGAAGAGUUAUGCAGUAUACGGAAGUCAGAGCAUUUAUUCAAACCUGACACAAAAAGAUGGCAAGAAUACAAAGAAGUGUUCACAGACUGGGAAAGGGCUGUAACACGCUCUAGGGAGUGGUAUACCCAAGACUGA